UCUUAUGUCAGUUUGGCUUGCGCAGCCAGGUGGCGUUGUCGUUACGGUCGUUGCGCGCAAGCGUGCUCAGCUGAGGUGGCUGAAUGGACAUUGACAGAUCAGUUAAAUAAUUAUAAUUUAUUUUAUUAAAUAAAAAAUAAAUAAAACUAAUACAAUUAACCAAACUUGUGCUUUUAUUAGAAAAAGUGUUACAAAGUAUUGAUAUAAUCGAGUUAGUAUUGUGAAUGAGAUUGGAGAAAGAAGAGUUUUAAAAAAAUCGAUUGUAAAACGACGACAGAUUGUAUUUUCUUUAUUAUUUCGUGUGUUAAACGACUUUAGUUUUGCAACAAGUGUGAGCCCCGCUAGUCGUGCUGAGAACGGGUUUGGGAACCGUUGGGUUUUUUGUUUAUGUAUAUUUGUUUGUGGUACCUAUAUAUUCGCGAGUGAGUGUGGUGAGUCGUGUCCGUUAGUGAUGCUGCAAUCGGGUGCAAGUGGUCACCGUUGAGUCGUCAUCUCGCCACCUCUGCACGAUCAAACUGUCCAGUAGUACCGGCGGCGAGUGCAGCUUGGGCGGUCGAAUGAUGAGCGGCGCCGGCUGCCGUAGCCCCCCGCGCCCCCGCCGGCACCCCCGCCGAGAUGGCCGCGCUCUCCUGCUACCAGCCCUGCAGGUCGCAUCUCGCGCAGCCUGCUAGGUGUCUAGACGACGAAGAAGAUUGCCAGCAAGUGAACUUCUCGCUGCGGAGACAGCAGUUCAUCGAGAGAUGCCACGAGGCGCGAGGUCAACGCCCCCGUGACUCCAUCCCGGAGGUCUCGGUCAAGAGGACCAGGGAGGAGUUGGCCAAGCAUGCCUCGCAAGCCACACCGCUAAACCGCCGGCUCAACGUGGAAGCCGGCUGGUCCAAGGUCGAGGAAGUGAGGAAGAAGUUCGAAGGAGCUGCUAAUUGUCCCUCGUUUUCGAGGUCCUUUGAGUCGCCGCCCAGGCGUCGUCUCGCAGACUCGUUGUUCGCGAGUUUCAAACUCCCGCGCAAGUCGAGGGAAGGCAUGGCGGCCCCCAGGUCCCUGGCGCAGCCGCAGCAGCAGAAGAGGAAGUCUGCUGUCGAGCUGCUGGCGGAGACUAAGGCCUUCUACGUCAAGUCGGAGACUGUGCUCGAUAGGAAACAGGAGCUACCGUUGAGGAUGAGCAGUGGUCUGGGCCAGGCGAUCGCAGCCGGUGGCUGUCACCUCGUCAGCUCCGGAACGCUCAACCAAGAUGCUUGCUGCAAUCCCUACGCGACAACCCGCAGUACGGGUGCGCGGCGCGCGGUGAGUGCGGGCGAGGGCCUGCAGAGUACGCUGCGGCGCCUGCUCGACCACGCAGACAGCCGGGAGAACGUCUACUCGCCACCAUUCGCUGUCUGUACACUAUCAGCGCACAAAGUAUAUGCUGACACAAGACGGCUAAAAGACUCCUACCCAGAACGGGAGACCAUGCCUCGGUCACAGCACAAUUCUGGAACAUUCUCCGGAACAUUCUCGGGCACCUCCUCAUCAGGGACCUCAGGGUCUAAAGCCCAGAAGUCAGACCCUGACCAUAGAGAGAAGAUGAACAGGCCCCUGAGUUUUGGAGACGCGAGGGUCUUCUUCCCAGAGUCCUUUGUGAUACCACGACAGAGGGCCAGCGAAGUCGUGAUCAAGGGUGGAUAUUCUAUGCCGAGUUCCCACUCGAGUCCAGAGAACAUGGAGCUGCCUGAGCCAGUAGUGAGCGGGUCUGGAUCACCGGCGGACCCCAUCCCCACCAUCAGUCCACCGGCGCAGUACGCACACUCCGCACCCCGGUAUAUCAGGUACCAAGAAUCCAACUCCCACUCGCAGCCGAGCAUGCGAGAGGAUGACAGCGGCUGCCCCAACAUCAACAGCCACAAGUCGUUGCCAGACUUACACUCGCAGACCAGGUGCUAUCCGGAACACGCCAACGUAGGCCACACGGACACAAUAGGCCGGUCCCCGCGGCGCCGGCGCCACUCCACCCACCAGCGCACCGCCUCCUGCUCCUCCAAGGGCACGCGCUCCAACCACUCCUCUCUCAUGUCCUCCUGCGAGGCCUUCUCCGAACACCCCUCGCCUGGAGAGGAGAACUACCAGUCUUAUAAUAGUCGAUGUGGCUCGUCGUUCGCGCGCGACUCGGGCGGGUCGAGCGGGCACUACACGCAGCGCAGCGCGCCGCACGCCGCGCACGCCGCCCCCACCGCGCGCCACUCGCACCGCCGGACCGACUCCGGCUCCUCCACGCAGCAUGAACAUGAACACGCCAGGGGCUACAACUCGUACGUGUCGGAGUACGGCGCGCCCCUGGAGUGCUACGUGUCCGCGCCCCCGCAGUUCCAGGACGGCGCCCCCGACCCGCCCGCGCCCCCGGCGCCCCCGCCACACCACGCACACCAUCAUCACUAUACUCAUGCACCUAGAGUCGGGAUACAUUUUCAGGCGAGUGCGCCCCCGCCACAGUUCCAGGACGAGCCCCCCAUGUACGACUAUGGAGACUACGAGUGCACCUACAAGACCCCGCUCAAGUGUCUCAACGUCGGGCGCAAGGAGUACGCCAGGGAGUAUACGAGAUACCACGAGCCGAGCACGGAGCUAGUGAACAAGCAGCCGCAGUACCAGGAGCUGCGCAUGCGCCCGCGGCAGGAUGAUAACCAGGACUACGUCAAUGCUACGCAGAUAUGUCCACCAGAAGAAGUGACGUCACCACUGGGUACGUUCAAGCGACAGCGGUGUCUGCGGUACAAGCAGAGGCGACCCAGACCUAUACUGCGCUCCAAAUCUGAUAUCUCGGAUAGGUACAGACGCUCAGACGGCCGCAGCCCUGCAUCAGCCCCAUGCGAGGGCGAAGACUCGCCCGACAGUCCGUCAGAAGAGGCCUCGCGUCUCCAGGACUUCUUCGAGAGACUGGGCCUGGAGCCCCGUCAGUAUGAUGCACUGGUACGGGACGCUCCACCUGAUAGUCCCGUGUUCUUCUCAUCAGCUUCCACUGUGGACUCCAACCAGCUCGCUGCUACUGCUGAUUAUACGGUCCAAGGCCCAGGCGUUCAGAAACAAAUCUACAGGAACACAGAGCCCCCUAGCGUGGUGGAACGGAACGCUCGCAUCAUCAAAUGGCUCUGUCAGUGCCGAAAGACGCAAAUGCCACCGCCGCAGUGAACCACUCUAGAACUAUAGACAAAACUGUCACAACUACCCUUAGAUAGGCACAGCUCUAAAAGUUUGCGCCAUGAAAAAAGCAAUCUCAAAAGGCUAGUAUCUAAAAAUAGCGUUUUGGGCUUAAUUUAUGGUAAUACCGAAAAACCCGGUUCCAAACUUCAUGUAUUACUUCUGGAUUGCCAUACCAAAAAAGGCAAGUCGAAAACAAGGAGUUUAAUGUUUUAAAAAGUUUUAUAAAUCAAAUGCCCAUUAGAAUAUAACUUCUGGGUGUUUUAAAUGAUCUCAAAAAUUACUUCUUUCAUGGCACGAACUCCAUGAAAUCUAAUUCGAUUUAAAGGCUACUUCUCUUGAAGAAUUUAUAAACACUCUGCUAAAGACGCUAAUAUUCAUUAGAAUUCAAAUUAAUAAACGUAGAAAUCUCGAUAUCUGAAAAUCGAUUACUGAAUAAAAAAUCGCUCAAAUGACUGAUUCAUAAAAAUCGAUUUAAGAAUGACUAUGAACUAAGUCAGCAGUAAGCUUCUACUGAUACGGAUGCGAUUACAUCAUCGAUAAGAAUACUCGACUAAACUUAAUAAUCGAUUAACGAAAUGUUACUAAAUCUAAUGAGAGAACCAAAUGUUGCUCAUACGUCGAUAUAAAAUGACGCUUAGGUAAUUUCUAAUUCCUAAAACUAAGACUAGGUUUAGGCGUUUAAUAAAAGUUAGAUUUCGAUAUUUAAUAAUUCUUCGCUCAUAAAUUAAUGUCUUCACAAUGAUAAUAAAUAAAUAAGGUUUAAAUCAUGAGAUCUGGUCCAGAUAACACAAGCUUAACUAUCACUCAUCUUAAAUAUCAAAACAGUGUUAAUAAUUUAUCUGUUUAAUUGCCUUAUUGCGAAAGAAGUAAGUCUAAACAAAGGCUUUAAAACGAUUUCCUGUUAAAAUGGGCCUAAUAACUACAACCCCGACGUGCCAAUAACUCAAAAGGCCUAGCUCAAACUAAACUAAAGUAAAACACUGUUUUGCGACAUCUCCACCGUUAGGUAAUACCUAAUAGGUAAGUCAUAAAUGAUUUACACAACUAAGGCUGUGUGUAUCUGGACGAGUGACACGGCGAGCGAUCGCCGUCGACUGCUGGUAUUAUCUAAGCGAUACUAGUUCAUUAGUCUGUACGGUUCUUAAUGUAAGCGUCGACAUUAUUCUAAACGUUUUAGUAACGAUAUCGCGAUACCGAGUGUGGGCAUGGCUAGCAUUUUAAUACAAACUAUAAUAUUAUAUCGGCCUAAGUAAUAAGAAAGGCUAAUAACCCCAGGUUUUAUGAAGUGCAUUUCUGAACUAACUUUUUCAAACGGUCACAAUCUAGUGAUGUCACCACUGCUCAUAUUAGUCGAUUAAUAAUCGACUAAAAUUAAAAUGUCUAUCCAUGCUUUACUACUCGGUUCCAACGUAUAGCGUACGUAAUACUAUCUAAUAUAUUUUUGGUCGUAAAAUUGACUAUAAAGAGUUGAAAAAGUUUUUGAUUGUAAAUAGUAAAACAUAUUUUUGUCUCGACACUAUGUACAAGUUGCGAGCUUAGCCACGAGACGUGGAAAAUGUUAUUUUCGAAAAAGGAAAACAUGAUUGAAACGAUAGUUUGACUAUCCAACGGUUUCUAUAUUUAUUUUAUUUAGUAAAUUGUUUUGGAACAGUGUGCAUUAGACUCUAACAGCCUAAUUGUACAAUAAGCCACCUCAAGGCCUCAUGAAUUGAGUCUGUUAAUUUACCUAAUUAGAUAUUCUAAUUAUAUGACUUUUUACAUUUGAUCUUUCAUAAUUUUAUUGUCAAUGUUGAUCUACUCUUGUUUUAAAUCGAAUAGAUAAAAUUUUUGAAUAUGUUUAAACUGUUACAAUUUAAAUAAUGACUUCUAUAAUUUACUUGACAGUGAAGAUAACAGUCGAAACCAAAAUAUUAAAAAAGAAUAUGUUCCUCAUUAUGGAUUUGUCUGUAUUUAUAUUAUUUAUUUAUAUUGUUGUAGUUAUAUAAGACUUAUCGUACCUACAUCCGAGUUUUGGGAGCACAAAAUGAUCGAAGUAAUAUAUUUUUGUGCCAAAAAAUUAGGUAAUAUUUUCAUGUAACUAUAUUUCAUUUGAAUACUGCCUUUGUCGACUAAGUUCCGUUGUAAUGUAAGUGGUAAACAAAUGAUUUCAAGAUUUCGCAACAUAAAAAUUGUAGACUUUCUUACCGACAUAAAUCAAGUAAUUAAAAAUAAAUCUUUACGUAAGUAUUACAAUUCCAUUAAUUUAAUUCGAAUUAAUCUAAAAUUCAAAUAAUAGUGUCCAAAAACAUUAUUUUCCUUCUUCAGUUUUAAAAGUCAAUGUAAGAAUUUAAUCAAAAAAAUCAUGUGGACUAAAGACAAUAUAAAAAUAAUCGAAAUAAUUUAUGUUUUACGUCUUAAAGCAUAAUAUUUAACUAUAGUUACAAUAACGCAACAAUUAAAGUAUUUAAUCGUUCAUAAUAUUAUGUAAAUAACCAUUAGACUGGUCUAAUCUCAAUAGUUUAGUUAGAAUAAGUAAAUUACUAUCAUUUUCAUGUUUUUUUAAAUGAAAUUUACGCUUUUGCGCAGUCAAAACUGACCUCUCUGAAGUUAGCCACUCUUCUGAGAGAGUGGGAUGCAAGUAUACGUAAACAAUAAUAAGUGAGAGAGACAAAACAAUGCAUUUGUAGCUUACUUCAUUUCUUUGGUUGCUUGACUAUCGUUUUGUUUUACAAAAUUUUAUUUUCUGUGAUAUUGGUGUCUAGAAUUUGCGAAAAAGCUGUUGGAUGUAUGACAACCAUUAUAUCUGGAUAGUGGAUGUAAUUUUAAAGGUAACAAGAAAAUACGAUUGUUGUAUUUGAACUCACUAGAUCAUACUUCUAGUGAUUGAGGGCAGUGUAAGCUCUUUAAGAACUUUACUAAUGUGAUGUAUAGGAACAGUAAAGUAUAUACAUCAUAUGUCUAUCCAAAGUUAUGGUGAGUUCAAAUACAUCAGUCCAUAAUUUGUUUCUCUUUACAUCUACUAUUUCCAAAUAAAUGAUUGGGCAUCGCAUCGUGAUACCGUAAUGAGUUAUACUAUUAACAGUUCUUCGCAUUUAUUUUUGCAAUUUAUUUGCUAUUAACCUAAUCGAUUUUUGAUUGUUAGGCGAUUCUUAAUCGAUUUUAAUUCAAAUUAUAAUAAAUAUUUUGCGUGCUCCGCGAAGUAAUUAAGAUCAGUUAAAUGAUUUCAAAUGUUUUACCUAAGUUACUUCAUUAAUAAAUAUGAAAUUGAAUGAAUAGAAAUUAAUACUUUAACAACUCGACUAAGGAAUUUUACCUUCAAUUUAAUUAUUCUGUCUGUAUAGUUAAAAAUGUAUUGAGAAUGGUUAGCAUUACAGUAUUAGAAAGUUUAGCAUUCGAUGCUUCCAUUAAUUGUGUAAAUAAGAUUUACGUAAAUUGUUAGAAGUUUAUCGUGAAGAAAGAAUUAUAUUGUGGUCUGAUA